AUGAGUGAUAAACUGGCAGAAAUGAAGCCUGAUCUACUUCAGCUCAUCAGUUCUAAUCAAUUUUCUGGCAUGGACAAUGAAGGCCCUCAUGCUCAUUUGGUCAAUUUCUAUGAAUUAUGUGGCUUUGUGGGUGUAAUUGGGGAGGAUGAAGAAGCGUUGUACAUGAGACUCUUCCAAUUUUCUCUAAAUGGCAAAGCAAAGGCUUGGCUUCAGUCACAUCCUAAUCAAAGAGUAGAUGAACCAUUGUGUGAAGCUUGGGAAAGAUUCAAAGCUUUAUUGAGAAAGUGUCCCAAUCAUGGAUUCAGACUGGAAAUGCAAGUGCAAACUUUUUGUAAUGGGCUGCAACCUCACACUAAGAUGAUACUAGAUGCAUCCUUUGGUGGUUCGGUUCUAUUCAAGACUGUUGAUGAAGCCAUUGCUGUUAUUGAAAAUAUGGCUUCCACUGACAUGCGGAGUCAACAUGGGAGAACACAAGUACAAAGGAGAGGAGUUUAUGAACUUGGUGCUUAG